AAUCGUCGAAAGAUUUCUUGAUCUCGGACAAGACCCUAAUUGCUUCUCUCAAGAGACAAGAAACGCGAGAUAUUCCGAGACACCGCUCAACCUGUGUCUCAUCAACAAUCAUCAGAAAGUAGCCGAAUUGCUGCUUAAACGCGGCGCGAAUCCAAAUUUGUCGAAUCACAAUGGAGAUGCAGCAUUGCACAUCAUUAGCGAGUCAUUUGACAACGACGGCGACGGCGAGUUCGUGAAAACAUUUUUCGCCAUUAACGACCAAGUCGGUAACACGAUCGAGGUCAACGCUCAGAAUUUCCAGGGAAACACACCAUUGCUCUUGGCUCUGCAGAGUGGCAACAGAAAAGCAGUUGAACUAUUGCUGAAAAGGGAUGUCGACCCAAAUCUGGCCAAUGCAUCAGGAUUCAGUCCUGUGCACUUGAUUGGGGCCAUCGACUUGGCGGAGAUAUUUUUCAAAAUCAACGAUGAGCGUAAUCGAACGAUCCAGAUAAACGUCCAAAACGAGUGGAACAACACACCUUUGCACUUGUACUUUGCUCAGAUGAUUGUUCACAAAAAAGCGGUCUGCGCGGCAAAACAUCGGACGGUCAAGGUCGGUGUUCGGGAUAAUGAAGAAGCAACGUUGCACUUGAAUCUCGCUACGAUGGCCGGCAGUAGAAAAGCAGCCGAAAUAUUGCUAAGACGGGGCGCCGAUCCAAAUAUUAUCAACUAUCAAGGAGAUACUUGUCUGCACGUUAUUUGUAGUAACGACAACGACGACGACGACGACGACGACGACGACGUUGACAUGGCAAACAUGUUAUUUGCGAUCUGCGACGAAAAUAAUCAGACGGUCGAGGUAGACGCUCGAGACAACGAGGGUCGAACUGCGUUGCACGUGGCGGUAUUCAAUGGCAAUAUCAACUUGGUAGAAAUUUUGCUGAGUAGAGGCGCCCUUUCCAACUUGCCGGACGGGAAGGGUUUCACUCCUCUGCACGUUUUAUGUCUGAGAGGAGAUGACGAUGUCGACUUGGCGCGGAGAUUUUUCGAGAUGGGUGAAAAAUUCAACAAUUCAGUCCGGAUCGACGCUAGAGACGAGUAUGGCAAUACAGCGCUGCACCUGGCGAUACACAAAGACCACGUAAAUUUAAUUGAAUUUUUGCUGAGAAAGGGUGCAGAUCCGAACUCGCUCAACGAGGAUGGAGAGACUGUCUUGCACCGAAUUUGUGAGGCAAACUUGGACGAUCUCUCGAUAGAAAGGCUAUUCAAGAUCUGCGAUGAAAAACACGAGUCGAUGCAGGUCGAUGCUCAGGACAAAAUGAGUAAGACACCAUUGCACGUAGCAGCAACGAAAGGCAACAUAAAUAUGAUAGAAAUCCUUAUGAGAAGAGGCGCCCGUCCCAACUUAAUAGACGAGAACGGAUUCACUCCUCUGCAUUUUAUAUGUCAGAGAGAAGACGACGAUGUUGACUUGGUGAAGAUGUUANCACCCUGGAUAUCAUGA